AUGAUUUCAUCUGCUAUUAGGCAAAAUGUAUUAAUAACGUUGUCCCCAUCCCCCCCCGCAUGUCACCCUCCACGGGUCGGAGGUGGAGCUGGGGGCAGGAUAAGAGCCAGGGCUUGGCAGGGAGCAGGGCAAACCCCAGCUCGUGGUCCCCACACCUGGGAAGCAUUGCCUGAACAUCAGGGGGACAAGGACCUGCUGAAAAUGGCACUCCUGGCCGUGCUGCGCUGCAGGACGCUGCUCACCUUCCUGGUGGUUCUCGGGGUGCCGGCGAGAGCCUGGAAGGGGCCAAGCCAUGAGCAGCUCCCGCCAGCCCCCCAAGCCGGGGACGGAGGGAAGCUGACGAGGCAGGAAACCACCGGUGCUAACGAGAUGCUGCCAGAUCUCCCUGAAAUGAGGAGGGGUGACCACGGAUCUGGGGAAGGGUCUCAUCCAGACAAAGCCAGCCCACCACUGCUAGAGGGGUCAACAAGAAAAGCAUUGCCCUGGCCGAUGAGCCCAGCUGCCAAGAGACCUGCUCCCAGGAAAAAGGCGAGAAAGGUGUCCCUGUCACUUGAUGUCCCCACCCAUGUACUGAAAAUCCUGCUCGACCUGGCUAGAGAGAAGGAGCUGCAGGCCAAGGCGGCUGCCAAUGCCGAGCUGAUGGCCCGUCUCGGGCGCAGGAAAUAAACCUCCCCGGCUGAGCACGGCUUCUCGGCCACGGCUGGAGAGGGCAGCGGGGCUGCCGGGGGGCACGGUCAGAGAGGAGUGCGGGGUGGCAUCGGUGUGCCUGUGGACUGUGGACACGGCACCUUGUUCUCCCGGUGCCCAUGACACAAGCAGCAGCCACGGGAGGACUUGGGAGCACCACUGGAGAAGACACGGCCGGGUUUGCCUUCACCGGGACCAGUGCCAGAGCACAGCUGGGUCCCAGCCCUGGGCACCACAGGGAUUUCUGUGCCCGGCUUCACUCCCUAUUCACCCACCGCUGGGAUGUCUCCAAAGGGGCCUUAUCCAGGCAGCUUUUCCCGUGUGUCGCCUCUCUCUGGGUGGCUGCAGCACACAAAAUCCUCCGCGAAACUCAGCUGAGCCUCGAAGACGGACCUGGCGA